CGCUCCAACAUUUUUCCUAAAAUCAGAGCCUGAGCUAUACGCCCUUUGACCUGAGGUUAUUCCUAAAAUCCACGCAAGAGAAUGGGUAGUGUUUUUUGGUUCUGCACCGGUUAUAUUUACUGGACGAGAAAAGUUUCUGGUUGUUUAGCGUAAAAACUGGGGAAUACUAAACGUUUUCAACCGCAAAGAGGGAAGAGAUUCUGAAUAACUCAGGAUGUCGGAUGCAUCAAAAAAACAAUGUCUGAAUAAACUGGAGAUGCUUCUGAAAUUAGCAAAUGUGGUCUUAAAUUCGGACAUAGAACUUGAGUACAUGCAAAUAUUCAAACAGUUUGAAGAGUGCCGAAGACGAUGGCAACAAGAGUUGAGCAAAACCAAGGAGCUGCUUCUGAAAUCAGAAGUUAGCCGCUCUGCCAUGGAGGUGAAACUGAAGCAUGCCAGGAAUCAAGUAGAUGUUGAAAUGAGGAAGAGGCAUAAAGCGGAGGCAGAGUGCGAAAAGCUUACCCGCCAGCUGCUGCUGAUCCAUGACUUGAUCAUGCAUGAUGAGAUGACAGCUGUACAUUUAAAUAGUGAACAGAGACUGGCUCUGGCUAACCUGAGCACCCAAGGAGGCGUCUUAGCAGGGCAAAAAGAUUCCAGACUAUCUGCAAUUGAUGAAUCAGGUGGUUCUUUUCUAUCCCAUUCUAAUAUCAGCUAUGACCAGACUGAAGAUGAUCUGGAGGUGGAUUCAUUUGCGGUUAGACCUUUCCUCUUGAAAAAAAGAGAAAAACGGGGAACUGAAAAUGUGACCAAAAACAGUAAUCAAAUCGCAAAUAACAGCCAGCUGUUAGACACUACAUCGAGGAGGAGGUCCCGCAAGAGCAAAUGUUUUCCUAUUUUCACAGAUCUUACCUCUGUUUGGAAUGAUGAGUCUGAAAACUCGAUUCAUGAUAAGACGGAGCAGGCAACAGAACAGCCAAACAGUGCAGUCUCACAGAAGGAAGGGUCAUCAAGUCACAAGUUUAUGACCAAAACGACAAUUCAUCCAGAAACAUGCAUGCCUUGUGGAAAGAAGAUUAGAUUUGGGAAGCUCUCUAUAAAAUGCAGGGACUGUCGUCUGGUGGCCCAUCCAGAAUGUAGAGAUCGCUGUCCCCGGAUCUGCUUACCCAAUUGCAUCUAUGGUCCUGUUAAUGGAGAGGGAGUGUUGGCUGAUUUUGCACCCACCACAGCACCAAUGAUUCCUUCUUUGAUAGUUCACUGUGUAAAGGAAGUUGAAGAAAGAGGACUGAGUGAGACUGGUAUAUAUAGAAUAUCUGGUUGUGAACGAACCAUCAAAGACCUGAAGCAGAAAUUUCUCCGUGGCAAAGGAGUUCCAUUACUCAGUAAAGUAUCUGACAUACAUGUUGUAUGCGGCUUACUGAAAGACUUCCUCCGGAACCUGAAGGAGCCACUGGUCACAUUCCGCCUACAUUCAGCAUUCAUGAAGGCCGUUGAAAUCACUGAUGACGACAACAGUAUUGCUGCCAUAUACCAAGCUGUCGGAGAGCUUCCUAAGGCCAACAGAGACACUAUGGCUUUCCUUAUGCUCCAUCUUCAAAAAGUGAUGGGAAGUCCAGUAUGUAAAAUGGACAAGACAAAUCUGGCCCGAGUUUUUGGACCUACACUUAUUGGCCAUGCUGUACCUGAACCUUCACCUCUAGCAAUCAUGCAGGACACAGCCCAUCAGUCAAAGGUUGUAGCUCGGCUCCUUUCCAUUCCAGCUGAAUAUUGGAAACCGUUCAUUCUAAGUGAUAACUUGAAGACCGCACCUGCAGUAUCCCUUCCCACGAAAAUCCCAUCAAGUAGCUCUCUCACAGAAAAGAUUCGACUCAGUAUGGGAACUGCACUCACUCCCAUAUCUGGAAACCAGAACAAAUCUGAUGCCUCUAAGAAAAAGCCAGGCAGGUAUUUUGUGUCUCCAACUCUAAACUAGAAGAUUGCAGAGGGAACUGUAAAGCGUUUGAGACUUCACAACUUUUGUCCAGAAAUGUAUAACAGAAGGAAGGGGAGGGAGAGUAUGAAGAAAGAACCAUAAAAGUGUCAGUACUGCUGUGUAUCAUAAGAAAGCUUUUUGGACCUUGGUUUAUUUCAUUACUAUGCUACUUUUCAGUAUGAUGUACUUGGUAUAUUUAGCAUCGAACCCACAUUUAUCCAUCAAAUCUGGACUGCUUUUCAAGACGGCUUCUGAGCAAACUGCACAGAAAAGUAAAACCUGCUAUAUUGUGAAACCUGUUGAUACUAAUUCGAUGUCGCCAUGUAUUCAGGUGUCUGAUACAAGAAAUGUUAUCAACUCAAAGAAUCUGUUUUCAUGAGUCUUCUGUUACAUGUUAAGUAUUCUAGAAAAGUAACAUGGCGUGUCUUUGUAGAGGUAUUGUUUAUAAUCUGUUUUUUUUUUUUUUUAACUUGUAGUGCCAAGCAGCUACUGAAGGCUAGAAUAUUCAUUUAUUAAAAAAAAGUGUGUGUGUAUAAAAUCUGCACACAACAUAGUAUACUAUAGAUGUUUCACUUUUAAAGAAGGUUACAGAUGCACGCUAACUUUAAUUAAUGCUUUUACAUUGUGAACAGUGUAGUUUUAUUUAGUUUCCUGUAGAUAAAUUAUCAUUGGAAUCAGUAGAAAUCCAGACAUCAUUCCAUAGAAGUAAUAUUCUUAUCUGGUUGCUGUCUGGUGUAUAUGCCUGUAGUAUACGAGUUAGGCUCAGCUUUAGCAGAGGUGGUGCUCUGCAUAUGAUAGCAAGAAAUUAGCUAAUUGGCUAGAUGAUGAAAAGUGCUGCAGCUUUUUCAGUACAUGUAUUCACAAGACAAGACAAAACUAUUCAUGAUCUCCUAUUUUGAGUUUUCACUUGCAGAUAAUUUUCACUGUAUAUUAUAGAUUUUUUAGGUAAAUGUCCACAUUUUGUGUAUUAGCACAACUUUGCACAAGCACUUCUUAGCAAUUUCCACAGUUUUAACUGCUUGUUUUUACUGUAGUGAGUCUGAUUGCUGUGGAAUACCAGCUUGCAUCUUAAUGACUGGCCUUUUCUUUCCUCUUAAUUUCUAUACAUUUUCUUAAUGGUAUGAAGUCUGACAGAUUGGUUAUAUAAAUAGUUUGGACAGCCACUUUUCUUGUGUGACCUUUGUAUUUUAUACUGCUAGUAGCAGGAUAAGCCUUAAUAAUGAGAACUGUGGCUUUUACUGUCUGCUUUCAUAAAUAUGUUGAACAGUGGCUUUUGUCUAUCUUCUUCACUGUUUAAAAAAGAGAUGCAUCUUGUUAAAAAAUUAGUGGCAGGCAUUUGCAGAACUCUUGAAAAUAAUGUUGUCAAAAUAAUACUGCUAUAAUAUUUUAACAAAUUGUCUUUUUAAUAUAAGCAACUGAAAUUAUCUCAUUUCCACUGAGAAACGAAAAUGCUUAACUGGUUUUUGUGUGUGUGUAUGACACAUGCAACCUCCACACACAUUUAGUUUUAUGGCAGAUCUGAAUCUAGUUGGUCAGACCACUCUUAGGCAAUGUAACUCUUACACAACAUUCAAGGGUCUGUCUAACCUUACCAAAACCGAUGGCAGUGUUCACACAUUUCAGAGAGGCUUACAAAAGGAACCAAAACAUCUCACUGCCCCACACCUAUCAUUACAACAUUUCUAAAAACCAAAAUCACAAGUCAUGUGUUCUUUCAGCCUUUUUCUGUUUCCUCCUUAGACAACAGGAUCUUAGUUUGUCCUGUAGGCUGACUUUCACUUUUGGUAUCUUGAAACCCUUAUUUUAUAAUAUCAGAAUCAUACAUAUGGUAAACUCUAAUUUGUAAGUAAGAUUAUUAGAACCUAAACUUCCUGUAAAACACUGUAAGAGAAUAAAAUGACUAGGUAAAAAGUCACGAACGCAUCUUAAAAAUGAAGCCUUGAAGUUUGUCAUUGCACAGGAUUUUGCACCUCCUUACUGUGAUAAGAUAAAUGAGAGACACUGGAACCAUGAUUUCUGCCAGGCAUCAGGGUUCCUGGGUUAAAAUGCUUGUGAAUACUAACAUUUUCUUUGUUCUGCUUCUGUCAGAAUCUGCAUGUGCUACUUGGGUGUCUGUAAUUUAUUCUUCUAGGGGCCAGUACCCACAAAUGUUAUAAAUGUUUUAAGUAACCAUGUAUGAUGCUGCACAAUUUUAAUGUUGCUAGGGCUAAUUUACACUAGUUAAUCAUAUGACUGUAUCUACAGAUUUAGUUAAGUGGAAUUGCAAAACAAUUUAAGCAGUUAGCCCUGUGAGUUGUAGCACUGUUUGUUGGUUUUAGCACAGCUAACUUUAUACUAGGUGCUCACUUAUAUGUACUUAGUUUUAGUUAUGUGGAAUUCUGAAACAGUUUUAGCAAUCCAGAAUUACUGAUGGACCUUAUUACCCUUAAUUUAACCACAGCAUGGCCACCUCUUGUGGCAGUUUUUAAGACUUGUAUCUACUUCCAAAAUGCCAUACAUUCAUUAUGUGUGUUUGCAGGCAAGCAGAAAAUUGCAUCACAUCUAUAAUCAUUAGCUAACCGAGAUAUUGUUCCAUUAAAAUACUCGCAAAUGUUAUAGCUGUUGAGUCUAAGUUCUGCAUUCAUCGUGCUUUUACCAUCUUUACACAUUCAUUUAAAAAAAAAAUUCAGAAUAUUCUGAAAAGCCUGCUCAGUUUGGGCAACAAGCACUGGUUAAAUACAGAAGGCAUUUGUAUAGAAUUCCAAGUAUUAUUUAGUUAGAGAGUAUAUUUUUCUAUCAUAAAGACAGCUGGAUGGAGAAGCAUGCUUAAACCAUUAUAGUGACCUUAUCUAAAUGGAACAGUAAGCACACUUAACCAUUCAAAUUAUUUGUUAGGAGAUUAGCCUCAUGGUCAGAUUUAACAUAACGUGUCUCACAACAAACUGAUUAACUACAUUAGUAAAUGAAUGAUUAUUCAGAUUGUGGUUGUACAGAUAAGCAUCCUUACAUAAUGUAUGUGGUCCAGUUUGGCUGAGUCUCAAUGACUAUGCUAAAACUAUAAACUUUUUCAAAAAAAGUACUGUACUUUAUUAGUAAAUUGUAGUCUGUUUUCCAAUUUUGUAAUUAUCUGCACUGUCCACUUUGAGCCUGGUGAAAAUAAAUGCACUUUUUGCA